UAUUGGUCCUUUCUCCUUCAUCGGUCACGGUCGUUUCUGUCCUGGCCAUCUUCUUCUCUGAGUUCCCAAGGGACUGAGCGGAAGGCCUCGCGUUGACUCCAUCAGAUAGAAUCAGAGAAAUGAAAAAAGCCAUAGGAAAGAGAAGUGGGCUUUCAACCAAGCUGUGCACGGGAGACAGUGCCUCUUUUGAGCCCUGUCUUCCGUAGUUUCUAAUGGAGCCCGGCCGGGAGAGACGUCAGCUUUGCAAGUAAGUAAAAGCAUCUCGGCCCUUCGCAUGGAUUAGGGGAAAUCACUGCCUCCUUUGGUCACGGAUUCUUCGUUUUGAAUCAGGCCCGGCGUAGAACUAGUUUUCUUUGUACCGCAUGUGAAGUUUCAUGUGGCUUGCUGAGGGUGAGACUCACAUUUCUUUGUAACAGAAUGUUAUGUUUUCCUUUGAUUUCAUUAGGAUGAGCCUGUGGCAACUGCUGCUUCCUCCUGCAAUGGAGUUUGCAAUUUGAAUGGACCUUAAUAUGUGUUAUGAUAGAUAAUCUGUCCUGCCUUCAUCCGUUGCAGCCUGAGGAGGCAGAUGGAGCUAGUGUCUUGUUUCUCAAAGCAGAGGAAGACUACAGCUUGAAGGAAGAAAGCGAGAUCAUUGUAAGGCUUUCCAAUUUCAUCUUGACAAACUCCAGUGCUGGCUUGUGGCAGUGGUUUUCAACUCUAGAUUCCUCCUGACCCCAGUGACUUCACGCAUCCUUUUUCGGACCAUAGCUGCUGCCAGAAAUGGCCCUCUCAGUGGACUCGUCCUGGCACCGGUGGCAGUGGCGAGUCAGAGAUGCCCUGCCCCAGUCUCCAUCAGAAGCCACACCACUGCUGUCCCCGGAGAAGGGGAGGCAAAGCUACAGCGUGACGCAGCAGCGGGUCGUGUUCCCCAACAACAAUGCUUUCCACCAGGACUGGGCGAAGGCGUCCAGGAGAUACCCCGGCAACAGAAUCUGCACGGCCAAGUACAGCCUCUUCACCUUCCUGCCCCACAAUCUCUUGGAGCAAUUUAACAGGUGGGCUAACCUCUACUUCCUGUUCCUGGUGAUUCUGAACUGGGUGCCCUCCAUGGAAGUCUUCCACAGGGAGAUCACCAUGCUACCACUGGCCAUUGUCCUGUUCAUCAUCAUGGUUAAGGAUGGUGUGGAAGACUUCAAGAAACACUGCUUUGACAGAGAGAUAAACUGCUCCAACAUCCAGAUAUAUGAGAGAAAAGAGCAGGGCUACGUGCAGAGGCGCUGGAAGGAUGUGCGUGUGGGAGACUUCAUCCAAAUGCAGUGCAACGAGAUCAUCCCCGCGGACAUACUGCUCCUCUUUUCCUCGGACCCCAGUGGGAUCUGCCAUCUGGAAACUGCCAACUUGGAUGGAGAGACGAACCUCAAACAGAGGCGUGUGGUGAAGGGCUUCUCACAGCAGGAGGUGCAGUUCCAGCCGGAACGUUUCCACAACACCAUCAUCUGUGAGAAACCCAACAACCACCUCAACAGAUUCAGGGGAUAUAUGGAGCAUCCUGACCAGACCAGGACCGGCUUCGGCAGUGAGAGUCUUCUGCUUCGAGGCUGCACCAUCAGAAACACCGAAGUGGCUGUUGGCAUUGUCAUCUAUGCAGGCCACGAGACAAAAGCCAUGCUGAACAACAGCGGCCCUCGGUACAAACGCAGCAAGAUCGAGCGGCGCAUGAACACGGACAUCUUCUUCUGCAUCGGGCUCCUCUUCCUCAUGUGCCUCAUCGGGGCCAUAGGUCACGGCCUCUGGAAUGGGACCUUUGCAGAACACCCUCCCUUCGAUGUACCAGAUGCCAAGGGCAACUUCCUUCCCCUGGCCCUCGGGGGCUUCUACAUGUUCCUCACGAUGAUUAUCCUGCUCCAGGUGCUGAUCCCAAUCUCCCUGUACGUGUCCAUCGAGCUGGUGAAGCUCGGGCAAGUCUUCUUGCUGCACAAUGACCUCGACCUGUAUGAUGAAGACACCGAUUUGUCCAUUCAAUGUCGCGCCCUCAACAUCACUGAGGACUUGGGCCAGAUCCAGUACAUCUUCUCAGACAAGACGGGGACGCUGACCGAGAACAAGAUGGUGUUCCGGCGCUGCACCAUCACGGGCAGCGAGUAUUCUCACCAAGAGAAUGCCAAGCGACUGGAGACCCCAAAGGAGCUGGACUCCGACAGUGAAGAGUGGACCCAGUACCAAGGUCUGUCCUUCCCAGCCUGCUGGGACCAGGGCCCAGCGACAGUGAGGGACCGAGGAGGGUCCCAGCCUCUGAGGAGGAGCCAGAGUGCCCGGGUGCCCAUCCAGGGCCACUCGCGCCAAAGGUCCGUGGGACGCUGUGAAAUCUCCCCGCCCCCUGUGGCCUUCAGCAGUGCUAUAGAAAAAGAUGUGACUCCAGAUAAAAAUCUACUGACCAAGGUGCAGGACGCAGCCCUGUGGCUGGAGAGCUUGUCAGACACCAGGCCCGCCAAGCCUUCCCUCUCCACCGCCUCCUCCGUUGCUGACUUCUUCCUUGCCUUAACCAUCUGCAACUCUGUCAUGGUCUCCACGACCACCGAGCCCCGGCAGAGGGUCACCCUGCCGCCCUCGACCAAGGCCCUGGGGACAUCCCUGGAGAAGAUUCAACUACUGUUCCACAGGCUGAAGCUGUCGAGCCUCAGCCAGUCAUUCUCAUCCACCGCGCCCUCCGACGUGGGCCUGGGGGAGAGCCUGGGGACCCACGUGCCCACCACAGACUCAGAGGAGAGAGAUGAUGCAUCUGUGUGCAGUGGAGGCUACUCCACGGACGGUGGCUCUAAGAGCAGCACGUGGGAGCAGGGUGACAUCCCAGGGGUGGGGCCGGACGCUUGCCUGGAGGCGGGGCUAGGGGCAGCAGCCCCGGGCCUGGCCGGCCCUGAGCUCUGCUAUGAGGCCGAGAGCCCCGACGAGGCCGCCCUGGUGCACGCUGCCCACGCCUACAGCUUCACACUGGUGUCCCGGACACCAGAGCAGGUGACCGUGCGCUUGCCCCAGGGCACCUGCCUUACCUUCGAUGUCCUCUGCACCCUGGAUUUUGACUCUGUCAGGAAAAGAAUGUCCGUGGUGGUGAGGCACCCACUGACCCGUGAGAUCAUCGUCUACACCAAGGGUGCCGACUCCGUUAUCAUGGACCUGCUGGAAGACCCGGCCCGCGCAGCUGACACUGACAUGGAAAGGAAGGUGAGGAAAAUCCGAGCCCGGACCCAGAAGCACCUGGACUUGUAUGCGAGAGAUGGCCUUCGAACACUGUGCGUCGCCAAGAAGGUCCUGAGUGAAGAAGACUUCCAGCGAUGGGCCAGCUUCCGGCAUGAGGCCGAGGUGUCCCUCAGCAACAGAGACGAGCUUCUCAUGGAGACAGCAGAGCGUCUGGAGAAUCAGCUUACCUUACUCGGAGCCACUGGGAUCGAAGACCGGCUGCAGGAAGGCGUUCCUGACACAAUCUCUGCUCUGCGGGAGGCUGGGAUCCAGCUCUGGGUCUUGACUGGCGAUAAGCAGGAGACAGCGGUCAACAUCGCCUAUUCCUGCAGACUGUUAGACCAGAUGGACACCGUGUACUCCAUUAACACAGAAAGUCAGGAAACCUGUGAAUCCAUCCUCAACUUUGCACUGGAAGAGGUCAAGCAAUUCCAUGGACCACAGAAGCCGGACCGCAAGCACUCUGGGUCCUGCCUCCCCUCCGAGGCACCGCCCCCCACCUCAGGAGCUGCAGCCCCAGAGGUUGGGUUGGUCAUCGAUGGGAAGACAUUGAACGCCAUUUCCCAGGGGAAACUGGAGAAGAAAUUUCUGGAGCUGACUCAGUACUGCCGGUCCGUCCUGUGCUGCCGCUCCACCCCGCUCCAGAAGAGCAUGCUCGUCAAGCUGGUGCGAGACAGGCUGAGAGCCAUGACCCUUUCCAUAGGUGAUGGAGCGAAUGACGUCAGCAUGAUUCAAGCUGCUGAUAUUGGAAUUGGAAUAUCUGGACAGGAAGGCAUGCAGGCCGUCAUGUCCAGCGACUUCGCCAUCUCCCGCUUCAGCCACCUCAAGAAGCUGCUGCUGGUGCACGGCCACUGGUGUUACUCGCGCCUGGCCAGGAUGGUGGUGUACUACUUCUACAAGAACGUGUGCUACGUCAACCUGCUCUUCUGGUACCAGUUUUUCUGCGGCUUCUCGGGCUCCACCAUGAUCGACUACUGGCAGAUGAUCUUCUUUAAUCUCUUCUUCACCUCCUUGCCGCCUCUGGUCUUCGGCAUCCUGGAUAAAGACCUCUCUAUGGAAACACUGCUGGCGCUGCCCGAGCUGUACAAGAGCGGCCAGAACUCCGAGUGCUAUAACCCGUGGACUUUCUGGCUGUCCAUCGUAGAUGCGUUCUACCAGAGCCUCGUCUGUUUCUUUAUCCCCUACCUGACCUACAAGGACUCUGACAUUGACGUCUUUACCUUCGGGACACCCGUCAACACCAUCUCCCUCGCCACAAUCCUCUUGCAUCAGGCAAUGGAAAUGAAGACCUGGACCAUCAUCCACGGGCUGGUUCUCAUAGGCAGCUUCCUGAUGUACUUCAUGGUGUCCCUGGUGUACAACGCCACCUGCGUCACCUGCAACAGCCCCACCAAUCCCUACUGGGUGAUGGAAGACCAGCUCUCGGACCCCACCUUCUACCUCGUCUGCCUCCUUACACCGGUCGUGGCCCUUCUGCCAAGGUACUUCUUCCUGUCUCUGCAAGGGACAUACGGGAAAUCUCCGAUCUUAAGAGCUCAGAAAAUUGACAAACUCCCCAUGGACAAAAGAGACCUGGAAAUCCAGAGCUGGAGAAGCAGGCAGAGGCCUGUCAGUGUCCCCGAAGAAGCCCGGUCUACCCACUGUCCAGUGCCCCCUGUCCCCAGAGCCAGCACCCCGAAGAGCUCUCGCCCUACCAAGCGGGACUGGGUGCUGCCUGGGGAGAGAGGCAGCAGGGACCACAUCAAGGAUGACCCAUGCUCAGGGGACUCCUCAGUUACAUUCUCGCCUGGGGAGCACCUUCUUCUGGACCCUCACAGGAUGGUGGCGUCCAGAGCCUACUCAGGUGGACAGACUAACGCCAACUGGCCCUUGAGCCGAGGCAGCCACCGCCGGUCCCAGAGUUCCCCGCCCCUGACCAUAUGAGGGGCGCGCGGAGAUCUGUGCAAACUCAGAGGCGGCCGCCCCACCCCGGGCGGGGCUUCAUUAACCGUGACUCUUCCUCUUCAUGGAGGAAAGAGCGGGCCAGGCUUCCUCCCCACCAGGCUUGGCUUCCACAGAGGAAGUGCUGGCCCCAUGGGGUGUGACAAAAUGGACUGGAAACCAGCUGACCUCUAGUUCUGCUGCUGCCAGGCAGCAUGUCUUGCCAACAACAGAGUUGUUUUUUAACAAGGAGGCUCUGUUUCUAUUGCAUUGAGUUUUUUUUUAAUUUUUUAGCCCAGAAACAUUCUUUGCCCCUCUAGACAAGCACAUGCCACAGCCCAGUGCCACUGGGCCGUCAGUUUCCAAGAUUCCAAGAAAUGCAUCAACCCAGCUGCUAUCUCAAGAUACGGAAGCUUCCGGGCAUGUCAGACCAUCACCUCACCGCCCGGUGCCCAAAGUUAAAAGUCUCAGAAGCGUCCCCCACACACAAGUGUUUCAUCUCAAGCAGACGGCAGUGAUGGGCAUGUCGGGGUCAGCAUCCCUUCCAUUCUGAGUUGAGUCUGCUCUAGCCAAAGAAAACCAUGUCUAAAGAUUAAAACUAGACAUGAGCUCAUUGCCACAAACACUUCUGAGGGCCGUGGAAGCAGAAGGAACACAGGUGUGGGAAAAGGAACGUGCUUCAGCUAGUGAGCCUCACGGCCCGUGGUCUGGGCACGCAGGCCGAGCAGCUCUCUCUUCCUAAAGAUAUUUAUUAAUUUUUAAAUAAAAGUAUAGGUAUCCCCCACUUUUCAGAAAUUUGCCUUACGCCAUUUCACUUUUACGACUUACCUGGGUGCUGGUUUUUGCUAACCAAAAGACAUCCAAAGAGGAUUUUUGCUUUUACCAAAAACAAACAAACAAAAAGUGAGGCACAAAAGCAGCCUUCAGCAUUUGUUUCGCAGGCCGCCCCUCCCCCCCCCCCCCAGCCGGCACCCUGAGGCUCCUUCCAGGGCAGCUGCACCUGGCAGCUGAGAACCGAACCGCCGUGGCUGCAAACUGCGUCUGAGCGCCUGUGCUGCCUCUGGAUUUAUUUUGUGCGUCCCUUAGUGAGACGUCUCCUGAGGCAGCUGCUUCUCUGCUUUACGCCUUUUCAGCUUAACGAAAACGUUCACAGCCACACUGUGCUUUCAGCUAGCAGGGGAACCUGUGCCGUCCUGGGUCAGCUCCCCGCACAGGAAAACGCGGGGACCGGAUCUUUACACGACUGCACCUGAAGAGAUGACCUACACGACAGAGCGACCCUGAACCCAAACAACGGCGUCUGAAAGGGGGGGAGGAAUGUUAAACCCAGUGCGUUAAGCCUGUCCCGGAAGAUCACAUGCUUGAGAUGAAUGAGGGAGAGUGAGAGGGCGCCUCACUUCACAGGGAGCAGGGUUGCUCAGACUCCUUAUCCCCAGAGGUCGUAAAUGCCAAAAAUGUAAGAGCUCACGACAGUGCUGGAAAAAAAGAAUGGAUGACAACACGCCGUCAAGAGAAGCGAGGUCCCCUGUGGGCAAGGGUAGCCUGUCCCUAGUCUUUUAAGAUAAGUCAGGGAGGACGACUGAGUCCUCCCUCCUUAAGGUGCUGCUGCUACAUAUUAGGGGAAAAGUACAGGGAUGGAUACAAGUGUGGCAAGUCCCAGCCACCACUGACAUCACUUGAGUAACUCCCAGCAAAUGUGCCCCCAAAACAGCUCAACAAUCAAGUUGGCACGUGGCAGACUGAGCUGGUCCUCUGACCAUCCUGCUGGCAAACCUGCACUGGGCCAUCCGGGGCAUCGCCCUAGAGUCAAUCCCCUGGACCUCUCUGGCUGACCCUGCCACAGAGUGAUGCCAGCGCUGGCCGGCUGGUGGGUGUUCAGGGGAGCCCGACGUGAGGACCACGCGAGGAGGAGCAGGUAAACAAAUCGGGCACAGCAGUAAUUAUAUACAUUGUCCCAAAUGAAGGGAUUGACCCAAAGCUUCGAUCUCAGGGUCAUUCCUUCCCCCCUAUGAUUCCCCCCCACUCCUAAAAGCCAGAUGAGACCAGUAGGAGGUUUCAGAAGAGAACGGAGUAGAGGGAAGAACUCUGGCCGCAGGAGAUCGGGCUGUGAGCCUUUUCUCUGCCCCGCACGCUCUAGGAGCCAGGAGCACCUACGUGGGUUGCCACACCUGCGUAUUAGGUGUGACCUGCCCCAUCUCCCAGGCUUGGCAGGAGGAUGUUAACGCCCUCGACAGUAACCCGGGGAUUUUUAUUUCAGAGCUAAGAGGGACUGAGGUGAUGGGAAGCUGAGAAAAUAUCUGACCCCGGUACCUUAAUGCCAAACCCGACCCAACACUGUGCUGCUGCCCUCUCUCCUGCGUGACCAGCCCUCCAGUUUGCCUGGGGUUUUCCCAGUCUUAGCACAGAAAGCCCCACAUCCCGGGAAGGUCCUCAGUCCUGGGCCAGCCAGGCCAGCUGGUCACCUCCUCUUGUCCUUCCUUGAAAACCAAACCAACUGUGACCGUCCAAGUGCCAUCUUAGGGGAAAAGGUUAUUACAACUAUUUCCCUGUAACCUUAUGCUAAUGAUGAUAUUUAAUACAUUUUUAUACAUUCAUGACCUUUUAGGAGUUACCUGGAAAUGGAUUACCCUUUAUUAGAAGAAAAAAUAAACAUGGUUUUCCACUGUC